UUCCCCUAGUGACCUUGACAAGUCAGAAGCUUGAAAGCAGGGAAAUCCGGAUGUCUCAGUUAUGAAGUGAAGCAGUGGGGGCCUCAACAUAUUUCCAGAACUCUCCAUCCAGACUAGUGAUCGAGCAUCUGCCUCUGUAUUGCCUGUGGCCAGCGGAAGGCUUCCCUGGGUCGAAGGGGUUGACAUGAUGGUCAAGCGCUUCUUGUUGGUGUUGUUCCUUGCUUCCACCUGGACCACAGGGCUCCUGGUCCACGGUUCUCUUCGUGUGGAAGAGCUCUCUGUCUUGACGUGCAGGAUCAUGGGGGUUACCCUUGUGAACAAAAAGGUAGACCCGCAGCUGAAUUUCUCAGAAGCCAGAGAGGCCUGUAGGCUGCUGGGACUAACUUUGGCCAGCAAAGACCAGGUUGAAGCAGCAUGGACGCUUGACUUUGAGACAUGCAGCUAUGGAUGGGUUGCAGAUGGGUUCUCGGUCAUCCCUCGGAUUACCCCCAACCCUAAGUGUGGGAAGAACGGGAAGGGUGUCCUGAUCUGGAGAGCUCCAAUUAGCCGCACGUUUGCCGCCUACUGUUACAACUCAUCUGAUAUUUGGAUUAACUCAUGCUUUCCAGAGGUUACCACCAGCAAAGAUCCUGAAUUCAACACUCAAAUUGCAAUGCACACAACAGAAUCUGCCAUCAGGGACAGUACAUACUCGGCAUCAUCCCCCUGGGACUCUGCCACACCUACUCUUGCUACUACUCCUGCUCCAGCUUCCACUUCUACUCCUCGAAGAAAAAAAUUGAUUUGCAUCACAGAAAUUGUUACAGAAACUAGCACCAUGGCUACAGAAACGGAAUCAUAUGUUGAGGAUCAAAAAGCGUUCAAGAAUGAAGCUGCUGGGUUUGGAGGCGUCCCCACGGCUCUGCUGGUGCUUGCUCUCCUCUUCUUUGGUGCUGCCGCUGGUCUCGCUGUGUGCUACAUCAAAAGGUAUGCAAAGACCUUCCCUUUUACAAACAAGAAUCAGCAGAAGGAAAUGAUUGAAACAAAAGUAGUAAAGGAGGAGAAGGCUGAUGAUAACAACCCUAAUGAAGAAUCAAAGAAAACUGAUAAAAACCCAGAAGAACCCAAGAGUCCACCCAAAACUACAGUGCGAUGCUUGGAAGCUGAAGUUUAGAGGAGAAAAAGAUGAGAAGACACAACUGAGGCUGAUCUCUUUCCUAAAAUGUAUUCUGACCCCAGCUGGCGAAACUAAAAGGGCUAAAAAACCAAAGAAGAAAGUCCACCCUUGGUUUCUAAGGCAUCAGCUCAGGGUUGCCUUUGGACUAUGGAGUUCACCAAAAAGAAUUCCCUUCUUAUUGCAAUCCUUUCUGGACCCUGUCCUUCUACCUCCAGAGCCUCCCACAGCCUUUGUAGCCUGGUUAUAUCCUAGUAAUAUCUCAGCAGGAGAAAGGAGCUUUGCAAAGCACAAGGACCUGAUAUGGCUAGUCAAUACCCACAUGUUAAAAGGCCUUUGGGCUGGUUGACACCAGGGUUGGGAGUCAAGGAAUAACCGAGACCAAAGCUUUCUCUCCUGACUCCACAACCCAAAUCCUCUCCUCAGUUCUGAAAGGGAAACACUUUCGCCACCUGGCAUGUCCUUCUGAGCCAGAUUAGAGCAAAAAGGGGAAAAGAAAAGUCUGGCAAAUGAAUCCAUGGAGAUUCUUGUGACUUGAGACCUAAUAUCUGCAAAGCCAAAACAGAGAACUAGAAUGAGGCCAAGGAUGCUGACAGCAUAUUGUUAGCAGGGACUAUAAACACAGACAAGGCCAAAGUAUUCUCUGAGUAAAUUGAGUUGGACUCACAUUUAGAACAUACACACACUUUCUUUCCUCUCUCUCUACUGCUGCUACUAUUUUCUCUAGAAGAAUAUAUUUUUUUAAAAGGAACCUCCCCAAAAUACUCUUGCAAAUUUGUAUUUUUAUCUGACUUUCAGAAAUUAUUACUGAGGAGUAUUACUGUGUUAAAGGUAAUAAAAUCCAACAUUCAUUGAAUAUCUACUAUAUGUUAGGUGCUGUGCAAGAUAGUAUACUCUGUAAUUGAAUAUUAGUCAUCAAAAUUUAGUAUAUGGUAGAAAGCUGUCUAAAACUAUUUUUUUUUCAGUUUCAAUAUCUCUAGCUUAUCAUCUUUUAAACUAAUGUUUUUUCCUGGGACUAAUCUAUUCAUUUUCUCUAAUAUGACAACCAUUAUAACCUUAAUUUAUUAUUAACAUGCCUAGGAAGUACCUUAUUACUUUUAUGCCACAGUGCACACUCUUUAAAUGUUGUAACAAAUUUAUCACCAACUCUGCCUUUUUUUUUUCUAGCGAGAAGAGCACAAGAGGUGCAGAAAUAUUUGUGUCAUAACAAAUAAAUAAGUAAUUUAGAAAA